AUGAGUAGAGACAAAUCAGAGCAGGAUAAUCUUCAAGACACAACUACAAUAAACUUGAAGAGACGUAAAAGAGUGAAGGAAAGUAAGGCAGCUUCUAAACCUCCACAGGUAUAUCCUCAGAUGAAGUGUAAACUAAGGUACUUGAAAUUGAAGAAACUAGCUCAUUUGUUGUCAUUGGAGGACAGUAUAUUGAGCUUGUGCGAGCCUGACAAGUCCUCCGAAGGAUCCAACAGCCAAAAGCAUGUUGUCGAGCAACUUCGUGGGAGUCCUCUCUCUGUUGGGACACUUGAAGAGUUUAUUGACGACCAUCAUGGAAUAAUUACUACUGGUGUUGGCUUGGAGUACUAUGUCAAUAUAAUGUCCUUUGUUGACAAAGACUUGCUUGAGCCUGGAUGUACUGUUCUUUUGAACUAUAAAGACAACAGUGUUGUGGGAGUUCUGGAAGGAGAAAUGGAUCCUAUGGUUAAUGUAAUGAAAUUAGAAAAGGCACCUUCUGAGACUUACGCAGAUAUAGGAGGUCUUGAGGAGCAAAUCCAGGAAAUUAAGGAGAGUGUUGAACUUCCGCUUAUUAAUCCAGAGCUUUACCAGGAAAUGGGGAUAAAGCCCCCAAAGGGGGUAAUUUUAUAUGGGCUUCCUGGAACAGGAAAGACUCUUCUAGCUAAGGCUGUGGCAAACCAGACGUCUGCAACCUUCCUUAGGGUUGUUGGAACAGAACUGAUACAGGAGUACCUUGGAGAGGGGCCAAAGCUUGUUCGAGAACUUUUUAGGGUUGCCGACAUGCAUGCUCCAUCGAUAAUCUUCAUCGACGAGAUAGAUGCAAUUGGAGGAAGAAGAUACAACACAUCCUCUGGGGGUAGAAGAGAGGUUCAGAGGACAAUGUUAGAGCUCCUGAAUCAGCUGGACGGAUUUGAUACUAGGAAUGAUAUCAAGGUGAUAAUGGCUACUAAUAAGAUAGAGGCUCUUGAUCCGGCUUUGAUCAGGCCUGGAAGAAUCGACAGAAAGAUCGAAUUUGGAAUGCCAGACGCAGCUACAAAGAAGAAAAUCUUCGAUAUUCACACUUCAAGAAUGACUUUGGAUGAAAGUGUAAAUAUCGAAUCUUUGAUAACAAGUAAGGAGGAUUUGAGUGGUGCUGACAUAAAGGCUAUAUGCACGGAAGCUGGGAUGAUAGCAUUAAGAGAAAGAAGAAAAACUGUUACAAUGAAAGAUUUUAUUUCUGCAAGAGAAAAGGUAUUCUUUUCAAAACAGAAAAUGGUCUCAGCCGGGCUUUAUUCUUGA